AUGGCGCCGGGACUUGAGGAUACUGGUCUGCUUCCUCUCGAGCAAGGCGUUCUCACGGAGAACUACGGCGUGUCGAUGAUCGUCGUCGUGACCAAGGCUGACCUCGUGAAUGAGAGGAGCGAGCAGGCGAUGGACAAGGUGCUGUGCGACGUGCGGCGCUUCUGCCUUCAAUAUGGGGCCGCGCUCGUCUACACGACGACCAAGAAUCCGAAGAACACGCAGCUGCUAGCCAAGUACAUCAUGAUCGACCGAGAUACAAUCUUCGUGCCGGCCGGCUGGGAUAGCGAAAAGAAGAUCGAGAUCGUUAGGUCGAACAUCACCGAGAUUGACGUGCUCGAGCCGAAUCGCGAGAAGGUGAACGUCGUCAAGGAGCCCGAGGUCGUUGCCGAGGACACGCAGGACUCGGCGACGAAUGGGCAAAAGAAGGUGGACGAUGCCGGGGCAACGGCUUCCGAUUCUCCGUUGGCCAGCUUCUUCUCAAAUCUGCUAAAGGACAAGCCACAAUCGACGCGGACAGCCGCCCCCGUUUCCGAGGAGCAGCAGCAGGCACAAAUCGAGAAGAUUUUUCCAGCAUGGAAGACG